AUGGGUUUCUCCAAAGAUCAGUUACUUGGUCGACUUCAGGAACUUGAGAUUGAUUAUUCCAAGUAUGAGCAUCCUCCUGUUCUAACAGUCGAAGCACAGGCCAAGUAUGUAAGCAGUAACGAGGGGGCACUAAGCAAGAAUCUCUUCUUGAAGGACAAGAAGAACCGAUAUUACAUAAUUUCAGCUAUGGUAGAUACAAAAGUUGACAUGAAAGUUUUAUCUCAGAGACUUGGUCUUGGAAAAGGAGGAGUAAGAAUGGCUCCUGAAGAAGCACUUGGUGAGCUAUUGCAGGUGUCUCUUGGAUGUGUUACACCAUUCGCAGUUGUUAAUGAAUCAGCAAGAGACGUGUCUCUCUUGUUAGACAAGAACUUCAAGAACCAAACUCGCUGCAUCUUCCACCCAUUGUCCAACGACGUCUCAAUCUCUCUUAACACAUCGGGUCUAGACAAGUUUCUCAAGUCGAUUGGGAGAGAUCCUGUAUACGUCGACCUCGAGGCUACUCCGACAGUUGGUAAAGACCAGCCUCCAGAUCUAGCUGCUUAUGUUCCGUCUGGUUCAUACACCGUUCCCAACGAGCUUCCUAACAAAACACCUUCAGAGCAAGCUCCUCCUCCGAAGAACAAGUCAGCAGAGACUAAGCCUGUUGCUUCAGCGAAACCUAGCAAGGCGGCGGAUAAAGUGAAGAGUGUCGCUGUAAAUCCACCAGUGUCAUUAGUAUACAAGAACCCUGAGAAAUUCGUGGAGGAGAUUUUCGACAAAACAUCGGCUCUAUUGUUGUCCGAGGCGAAGGGAGAGAGUGUGGAGGCUUUAACAGAAACACUGAGAAAACGUCUUGUCUCAGAGUUUACCUUUCUCGCAACAAUGUACAAGAACACAGCGUAUGCGGAAGGUUUUCAUGCGGGUAAAAAGUCACUAAUCUUGAAAUUGCAACAAGAUUAA